AUGCACCACGUGGGAAACAAGUCCCCUUCUUACAUGUCGCGGUCGAGUCCCUUCAGCAUGGAUCCACCACCACAGAACGGCGAGCCUCACAACGAAUGGUCCUUCCUGAGCUGGUACCCAAAAGGCGAUGCUACCAUCACAUACCCGAACGACGACGGGGGAUCUGCGGUCAUACCUGGACUACAUAGGUCGAUCAUCGAAGAGCGCUCUGAAUUGAUUGCUCAGGCAUUUGAAUCAUUUCGCGAAGGGCACCAAUUGCAUCUGGACUGCCUCGACUCGGCCACAGCACUUCCUCUUGUGAGAUAUCUCUACACUGGAUCUUACGCACCAGCAGGGAACCACUACGAGGAUGUACCGACUUCACUGCUACUGCAUUGCAAGAUGUACCGCCUUGGUGAUCUGUUCGACCUUGCCGAUCUCAAGCAGCAAGCUCAGGUGAAUGUGAUCAGACAGUGCGAAUUCGGCUGUUCGAGUCCAUCGAUACCCAUUGACCUCUGCGAGGCUGUCGCAUAUAUCUAUAGGGUCCUACCAGAACACACCGGUUUGCUCGAGAACAUCAUCUGCUACUGCGUGACUUGCUUCCUGCGGCACCGCUUAGCUCAGGACCAGGAGUUUCAAAGUUUGGCCUACAAGCUGCGUCCUUUUCACCAGGAUCUCUGUAAGGAGAGCAUGAAGCGCGAAGCGGACGAAGAUGACACUGCGGCCGCGAUUAUCCAGAUGCCGUUCGAGCCCUACGUACCACAAACCUACGCUUCCCGUGAAGGCGUGUCCCACGAUCGACUUGAGGACGUUGUGUAUCACUUCCACGGCACAGAAGACGAGGGCGAGUUCAAGAGGCGCAAGACUGAAGAAAAUGGGAGACCCAACACCACAACGCUGCCGAUGCGCAUGAAGCAAGGAGUGAAGCAGGAGGAUGCUGCAGAGGACACAUGCAUCACCGCUUUCAUGCCUGCGCAGCGCGACAAUCGGAGCCGCAGCAGCCCAGUCAAAGCAGAUUCCUCUUCGGGCAAUGUCACACCAGAGCAGAUCAAGGUCUUCCAGAAGGAACAUCCUAUGUUGGCGAAGGUGAGACGCUUCGUCGAGGAGAGAAAUGGACGGAGUCACGACCACUUCGCCCCGGCUAGCAACGAACUCCCACGUCUCGGGCGACCAGGAUUGCCGCUCCUCACCAAACCCAUCGUAGGCGAAUCGCGUCGCAACGCCUCGCAUGCCCUCGCAGACUAUCAAACGCAGUUGAUGCUGCUUGAGCAGCAGAACAAGCAGCGUCUUCUCAAAGCGAAGGAAGAGCAGCAGGUUGACAUGCUAGAACAGCAGCGAGCAGCCGAGCGAAACGCUGAGCCUCAGUUGGAGAGCACGGCUAGCAAGCUGGCGGCGCCGACAACCGCCAGCAGCGAUAUUGUGGUGAUCAAGACAGAAGCAGAAACACCAGCGCAGAUCGAGGAUCUUUUUCUCGAUAGCUUCGAAUCGGACUCGGAGUACGAAGUCGUAGCUCGACCUGCAUCAGUCGAGGCGUUGAGCAGCUCAGACAGCGAGCCCGAUGCGGACGCUGUGCUUGUCGACACACCCUUUGCAGAUUUUGUGCCGGGAUCCCGAAUUCCGGACUUCACUGGCCCUGUAAUGCGCGCGUGUGGAAAGCAGAGCCGGGACGCAGACAGCAAUUCUGACUCUGACUCUGACUGGGACAUGAUCUGA